AUGUCGCAUCAUCACUCGAGGAAGAGAGCUCAAUCGAGAGCCUCGACCGCUUCGAUCCACAGCGUCGCCACUCAACCGACUCUCGACCAAUCCCUCAUGACCCAUCAUAACUCCUUUCCGGAUCAAUGGGGUCCGACUGAUCAUGGUCCUUCUAGAGACAUGCCGGCAUUACAACCUAUGCCAGCCGGUGAUAUGAUGCUUCGUCCGACCUCUCAGUUACAGCCCGGCCAAUCGUUCCCAUCAAACUUGAGCAUGCAAUCUACUGUUGGUCCCGCCAUGGCAUAUCACCAACCUCAAGGCUUGCAUCAUGCCGUAUCAUCCGAGACGUUUGGUGCUAACGCAAGCUUCACCGACGCUGAUAGUCAGAUGUUGGAUCGCGAUGAAGGCGACGAGGCUGACUCGGCUGCGGGCCCUUCUGCUGGCUCGAAACCUACAUCUAGUCGCACCAGUGCUAACAACGAAUUGGAAAUGCGCCAGCUCUUCCAGUCCAAUAAACAUAGGACCCUUGGAGACGUCGCAACAGAAUUACAUGGUAAUGAGCGCGGUCCUAAUUCGGAACGUGCUCGCCAGAUCUUCGCAAUGCUCUGGAUCAGUCACACUUGCGCAGCAGGCAAGGGUUCUGUGCCUAGAGGUCGAGUGUACGCAAAUUACGCAUCCCGUUGCGCAACGGAGCGCAUAACAGUCUUGAAUCCGGCAAGCUUCGGGAAGCUAGUGCGUGUGCUUUUUCCAGGUCUAAAGACGCGGAGACUUGGAGUCCGUGGGGAGUCUAAGUACCAUUAUGUUAGUUUCAUAUUGAUUGAUGAUCAACCCGAUCUCAGAGAGCCCCCUCUCCGUCCUGCGCUCUCCUUUCCGGAGACCCAGUCCUUCACUCAAUCUGCUAGUGCUCCACAAUCACAAUCUCCCGCUUUGAAUACGCAGAAUACUGCUUUACCAUCUCCGACCCUUGUCCAGCACUCCGAUACACAAGCCGACUCGCAACCGACAGGCUCUAAGGCACACAGUCUUUACAACCAACCCGAUUUAACUAGCAUCGAUCUGUUGGAUUCAUCCAAGUCCAAGACUUCUAUUCACUUAGCUUUUGCUACUGAGGAUGAAGAGAUAAAACAGCAAACUGAGCCUGUUAUUCUGCCCUCAAUCGAACCGUUUUUGCCGAGCGGAACAGACCCGGAUGCGGCUAAGUCCCUCACCGCACUGUACCGAUCCCAUUGCACAUCGCUUAUCGAGUGUAUUCGCUACUGCAAGGACAAAACGUUCUUCCACCUUUACACAUCUUUCCAAGGCACCCUCACAAUGCCUGUGCAGAAGCUCUUCUCCAAUCCCAGCAUUGCGACUUGGAUUGAAGAAUGCGACUUCAUGCUUUACCAAAGAAUGAUGCAGAUAAUUUCUGUUCUUACGUUGCAAGUUAUCCCAAAGACAGUACUUGAUGCUCUACGAAGCAUAUCAGAGCGACUAGUCUAUCACAUACGUGAGGCCUACCAGGGUCAGCCAAGACAUGUAGUCCAGGCCAAGGAAGCUCCAGCUACCAUAUUCGCUGGUCUACUUGAUCGUGUUUUACGAGUCAAUCUCACUGCACAUGCAGCUGCAAAUAUGCUUUCGCUUUCUGCCAACCGAGAUCAGAUGUAUUUGGACUGGAUCUCAUCAGUCAGAAUACGCAAAAUUGCAGAAUGUGUACCUACCAGAGGGAUGGACGACGUCGUUAACAUUUUUCUUAACGAGAUAAAAUAUCUAGUUAAUCCCCUUGAGGUUCCUUGGGAUGUUGAGUGUCUCACGCUAUAUGGCCAAAUUACUCCACACAGUCGUCAAGAAUCGCCAGAACCCGGCUCUACUAAGAAUGAAGAGGGUGUGCUUGAUCGAUGGGUCAAAUUUUUACGCUCACUUCCUGUACGUUUCCCCUACGCCACACCUAAGGAUAUAAUGUGGUGCGUACAGCGUGUUGGAACUGAGGUCAUGAGAGACCUGACCAUAUGCCAAUGUAAGAGCUUUGGUGCAUGGUGGGUAACCAAGUGUUGGAUUGACGAGAUGAUCGCAUUCCUCGCCGAGUAUGGUGGUUUCCUGCGAUCCAAGAACUCACUCCCGCCAGUUGCCUGCGCGUCUAAGCGCUCAAUUACCAACGAUGAGAUGAAUCAUCGUGGUUCACGAAUUAGCAGUGGAAGUGACGACUUCAACCUCUCACGCCUCUCCCACCCGCAACCAGACAGAGCUCUAUUCCCCCCUCAGGUUGAGGCCAACAGACAGGACUCAUUACCUCCGUCAGCUAGCCACGAUGAUAGUGGCAUCGGCAUUCGGACACCGGAGGAAGACUUUCCUAUGGAGAAAUUUGAGUUGCAACAGGGUCAAGACCCUAGUUUCCCUCCCCUCUUGACACAGGCUUUGCAGUAA